UUUGAUAUGCAGCUGUGUCUUUGGUUUGGACCCGAACACAAACUAGUUCAAAUUGCACCCCAAGCCGAUGAAGAAGUGGUCUUACUGGACGCUGCUUCUUUAAGAGGGAGGCUGCAGACUAAUGUUGGAUGUUCACUCGGAAAUUAGUAAUUAAAUGUUAAUAAAUACAUGGGUUACGCGUGUGUAAGAAGGAAAAAGUGUAUGUGUGUGCGUUUGUUAGCGAUGGAAAUAUAGUUUGCCGCCCCUUGUGGAGGCUCUCGUGCACGUAGAAACAAAACAAAGCUGCAUUCAAGACUGCGCUUCAGCAGCGGGCUCUGAUGAGAAAGCCUUCUACCUCAUUUCAAAACGAAUCAUUUAACCCGCGGACCACAGAGCUAAAAUACAUCGAGCUCGAUAGUGUGAAAUCAGCAGAUCUGAAAUGCUCCGUUUACGCUCGUUUCCUCCCCCUCUGUGUGCGGCGGGACGUUCACGAGCGGCCAGCCCACAGAUGUUUCAUUAGGCAACGACGCUGCGGAGAGCUGCUACUGGUGCCCACUUCCUGUAUUCACAGCAACAGGAGCCAACACACGUCUCCUUUUUUCUUUAAAAAAAAAAAUCCCGAUAACCACAAGACAAGCUUCGGGUUUGAACUCCGGCAUCGCCGGCUCGCGUUGAAGAGUGUCGCCGCUUUGCUGCUGCUAUCAUGGUGGAGACUCCAGCCGGCUGUCUGUUUGAAGACAUCCAGUAUGAAGACAUCCAAGUUGAAGCGGCUGUGGGCAGAGGCACGUUUGGAGUCGUCUUCAAGGCCGUUUGGAAAGGAAAAGACGUCGCCAUCAAGACCAUCGAGAGUGAAAACGAAAGGAACGCUUUUCUCGUUGAGCUCCGCCAGCUGUCCCGGGUAAAUCACCCCAACAUUGUGAAGCUGUACGGCUCCUGUGACAAUCCAGUCUGUCUGGUCAUGGAGUAUGCAGAAUGUGGCUCUUUAUAUAACCUCCUGCACAGCGCCGACCCUCAGCCCCACUACACGGCAUCCCACGCCAUGAGCUGGUGUCUGCAGUGUGCCCAGGGAGUCGCCUAUCUGCAUUCUAUGAAGCCAAAGGCCCUAAUCCACCGGGACCUCAAACCCCCAAAUCUGCUCCUGGUGGCUCGUGGCACCGUGCUGAAGAUCUGUGACUUUGGAACAGCGUGUGAUAUUCAGACCUACAUGACCAACAACAAGGGCAGUGCAGCCUGGAUGGCACCAGAGGUGUUUGAAGGCAGCAACUACAGCGAGAAGUGCGACGUGUUCAGUUGGGGCAUCAUUCUGUGGGAGGUCAUCACACGCAAGAAGCCCUUCGAUGAGAUUGGCGGCUCUGCCUUUUGUAUAAUGUGGGCCGUCCACAGAGGUACACGGCCUCCUCUCAUCAAAGACCUCCCAGAGCCCAUCGAGAGUCUGAUGACCCGCUGUUGGGACAAAGAACCCAGUCAAAGGCCGUCAAUGGAGGAAGUCAAGAACACUAUGAGUCAUUUUAUGAAGUACUUCCCAGGCUCCGAUGAACCUCUCAAGCUCCCUCAUCAGUCUUCACCCAACAGAAGCGGCUCUUCAUCGGCGACAAGCACAGGCUCUUAUGCGGACUACACCAUCAGCAGCAACCGGAGCGAUGACAACACGGAGCGCAGGAACUCCGUCGGCAGGGAGGAGACCCUGAAAAGCUUUGAGGCCAAGUUUCCGCUCCAGUUCAAACCCUCAAAGACAGCAACGCUGCGUACCGGUUUGUCCAAGGUGACCAGUGUGGAAAAUCAACCUGGAUGCUCCCAAAGCCCCACCCCCUGCACCAGCCCGAUAACCACCACCAGCCAAUCAGAGCUGAGGAUGACCAUUAGUCCCACAGCUACCAAUGGUUCAGAUGGCUCCAUUCCCAUGGCCUACCUGAAACUGGAUCAUCAGUUACAGCCUCUGGCUCCGUGUCCCAACUCCAAAGAGUCCAUGGCCGUGUUUGAACAGCACAUCAGGAUGGCUCAGGACUACCUUAAGAUCCAGUCGGAGAUCGCUGACCUUGCUCGGAGGAAAGAGGAGCUCAUGUCUGAGCUGGAGCAGGACCAGAGGGAGCAGCAGACCUCAUCUCGACUCCUCCAAGAGCACGGCAAGCUUCUGGAGGACAACAGCAGCCUCUCUACCGACUGCAAGGGCCUGAGGAGCAAGCUGAGUCUGAUCAAGACUCAGAACCAGCACCACAGCUAGGACGCGCGCCCCACCGCCUCUGCUCCACCGGAUGAGAGGAAUCACUCCACAGACGGACGGACCUUAAUAGGCUCACGGCAAAACCAGGUGCCAGGGGAACGCAGACGGGGCUAACGGCGAUGGCCCAGACCCAGUUUAAAAGACAAACAUUUCCCAUCAGCGCCAAAGAGUCGCACCAGCAUGGAGGGUGUCGAAACUACAGGAACAUAAGUGAAAUUUCUUCUUUUUAGUAUUUACAUUUUUUUCAGCAAAGCAAACAAUUAGAUUGACCACCACAAAUGAUUUCAGUUAUGACUUAAAAUAGAUAAAUACGAGCACCUUUUGGGUUAUAUUGAGGUUAUGAGAUGAAAUAUACAAAUCGUAACUUGUCCUUUCUGGGCCUCCGUACGCUAGACGUUACGUUAGGGUUGGCCGUAACACAUCGUGUUCAUUUCAGUAUUUCACAUUAGAAUUGAAGGUGCGACCAAGAAACUUCACAUGGACAUGUACUCUGAAAAGGACCUGAAGGUGACUUGCUCUUUUUUAGUUUUUUUAUACUAUAUUUGAUUUUUUAGUUGCUUUAAAAGUAACUGCGAUUGUAAUUUGUAAAUUCUUACCAUUUUUAUAUAUAUAUUCCGUAUAUAUCCCCUAUUGUAUUGUGAUUGAUGAAAAGAGGAGAGGCACUGACAGUGUGGGCCGUACCAUUUUUAAAACGAAUUUUAACUGUGAAUAGCAUACUAACCAAAGGAGUUGUGCUCCCGAGCCUCGGAGCCAAAGAGAAGCUUUGUUGAAGCGACUGUUUGAAAUGGAAAUAACUGUGGAAUAAUGAACCUGGAAGACAUCUCUAUCUGUUUAAUUUCGCUUUUUCUUCAGUUACGGUUUUCUUUUACACACGUUACGUUUCACAAAAUUAUAUUGACAUUAUUCUGCACUGCACUUAUUUGGGGUCAAAGGAAUGUGUUGUGUCACUUUGGUCGGGUGGUUUCUACGACGACGGGGUUACUCUGGGAUGGAUCAUUGUUUUUAACGCAUCUCUUCAGACUGCUGCCUAAGGAUUGUUCUUGUACAGUUAAUUUUUUCUUUUCAUCUCAGUUUAUUUUAUAAAACAUGUCUCCUGUGAUUUAACAAUGUACAGACUUGCAAUUAUAUGCUUUUAGAGAGUAUAAACAAAAUUUGUAGUA